UUCAAGAAGAAAUCCCAAACUCUUUUGGAGACUUGAAAGGAUUGGAUUUCAUGGAUCUCUCUUACAAUGAUCUGUCUGGUGCAAUUCCCAAGUCUCUUGAAGCACUUUCACAGCUCAAAUUUUUUAAUGUGUCUUUUAACAAGCUAUCCGGAGAGAUACCAACUAGUGGGCCUUUUGCAAACUUCACAGCAAAAUCAUUUAUAGGAAACAAGGCGCUUUGUGGAAAUCCAAUUUUUGGAGUUCUACCUUGUCCAAAUUCAAGCUCCAAAGGAUCAAAGGUUCCAAGUUUAUUUCAUACAUUGCCUGUAUUUGCGCAUAGAAUGAUAUCAUAUCAAGAGCUUUGCCAAGGGACAAACAACUUUUGUGAAAGUAACCUGCUUGGAACUGGAGGUUUUGGUUCUGUGUACAAAGGAGUGCUUUUUGACGGGACAAUUGUUGCUAUCAAAGUUCUAAAUUUGCAAUUGUCUAGUGCUUUCAAAAGUUUUGAUGCAGAAUGCAAGGUCUUACGGGCAACCCGACAUAGAAAUCUUGUUAAGUUCGUAAGUACAUGCUCCAACCUCGAUUUCAAAGCGUUAAUACUUCAAUACAUGUCGAACGGUUGCCUCAAACGGUGGUUAUACUCUUAUAACUACUGCUUGAAUCUUCUUCAACGAGUAAACAUUAUGAUUGACGUUGCAUCGGCAUUGGACUAUCUCCACCAUGACCAAUUAGAACCUGUGUUGCAUUGUGAUUUAAAGCCUAGCAAUAUCCUUCUAGAUGAGGACAUGGUUGCACACGUGGGGGACUUUGGCAUUGCAAAGAUUUUGGUCAAAAACAAGGAUGCUACCCAAACCAAAACUCUUGGUACACUUGGCUACAUCGCACCUGGUACAUGAAUUCAUCCCUACGUACUCAUUUUAUUUCAUGUCAAUUUUCCAUAAUUCAAAUUUAUAUAGGCCUUAGAUUCAUAUGAAUAUACAUUAACAAUAAAAAUUACACAAACUACGAUUACUUCUUUGGUGGAUAAUUACCUAUGUAAUCCUCGUACGUAUUGAUUAAUUGCUAAUUAUUCUAUAAUAUGUUAAAAGAAACAUUUUUAUGAAAUAC